AUGCCUGAGCGAGUUAUUGUUGUUGGCGCCGGCCUUUCCGGCUUGAGCGCAGCCCACACGAUCUACCUCGCAGGUGGCAAUGUCGUUCUCCUCGACAAGAACAACUUCAUGGGAGGAAACUCUACCAAGGCGACAUCCGGUAUUAACGGUGCCUUGACGCGCACACAGGUCGACCACAAGAUUGGCGACAGCGUCAAGCAGUUCUACGACGACACCUUCAAGUCCGCUCGUGACAAGGCCCGCCCAGACCUCAUCAAGGUCCUCACAUACCAGUCUGCCGCUGCCGUUGAGUGGCUCCAGGAUGUCUUCAACCUCGAUCUCACUCUUGUUUCCCGUCUAGGAGGUCACUCAUACCCUCGAACUCACCGUGGCCACGACGCCAAGUUCCCCGGAAUGGCCAUUACCUACGCCCUCAUGCAGCGAUUCGAGGAGCUGGCUGRGAAGGAGCCUGAGCGCGUUUCUCUGAUCAAGAAAGCCAACGUCAAGAGCAUCAACAUGGACGGCCAGAGGGCGAUUGGUGUCACAUACGAGUUCGGUGGCGAGCAGACCUCUCUCGAGGGCCCUGUUGUCCUCGCAACUGGCGGUUACGCUGCCGAUUUUACCCACGAUUCGCUUCUCAAGAAGCACAGGCCCGACACUUUCGACCUCUCCACCACCAACGGCAACCACGCUACUGGUGACGGCCACAAGAUGUUGAUCAAGAUCGGCGCAAACGACAUUGACAUGGACAAGGUGCAGGUUCACCCCACAGGUCUUGUAGACCCCAAGGACCCAACCGCAAAGACCAAGUUCUUGGCUGCUGAGGCGCUCCGUGGUGAGGGUGGUCUUCUUCUCAACAACAAGGGAGAGCGAUUCGUCGAUGAGCUCCAGCACCGUGACUUCGUCUCCAAUGAAAUGUGGAAGCAGAAGGAGCAGGGCCUCUGGCCAAUCCGCCUCGUGCUCAACAGCAAGGCAUCCAACACUCUUGACUUCCACGCUCGUCACUACUCUGGCCGUGGUCUGAUGAAGAAGAUGACCGGAAAGGAGUUGGCGAAGGAAAUUGGCUGCGACGAGAGCGCACUUAACAAGACCUUCACGGCAUACAACAAGUACGCGAACGGCGACGAGAAGGACCCAUACAACAAGAAGUUCUUCCACAACUUCCCCGUGGAGGUCAACGACGAUUUCCACGUCGCACAGAUGGAGCCUGUGCUCCAUUUCACCAUGGGUGGUAUCGAGAUCAACGACCAGGCACAGGUUCUGAACGCUCAGGGCAAGCCUUUCGAGGGYCUUUUCAUCUGUGGUGAGUUGGCUGGUGGUGUCCACGGUGCCAACCGUCUCGGCGGUUCUUCUCUCCUCGGAUGUGUUGUCUACGGUCGUGUCGCUGGCUCAAGCUCAAGCAAGUACCUCAUGCAGCGCCUCCUCAACGGCGCCGGUGGUGUCGCCGCGACUCGUGCCGGACAGAUCAGCCUACACAUCGACCCAAGCCAACCCGGAAAGGUCUCGGUUGAGUGGGGUAACGGCGUCAACGCUUCUAGCAGCGACGGCAGCUCCGCAGUUCAGCAACAAGCACAGCGUUCCGCAGCACCUGUAAUGGGAGGCUCCGGAGACAGCAAGGACCCCGGCAAGGUCACCGACAGCAACGAUGUCAAGAACUUCAAGGUCCCCGAGGAGGAGUACUCACUCGAGGAGGUCGCCAAGCACAACAAGAAGGAAGACCUAUGGAUUGCCGUCAAGGGCGUUGUAAUGAACGUCACAGAUUGGGUUGAUGAGCACCCUGGUGGCCCUCAGGCACUCUUCUCACACAUGGGCAAGGACGCCUCUGAGGAGUUUGAGAUGAUGCACGAUGAUGAGGUUAUUCCCAAGUACGCGGCUGGAAUCGUCAUUGGACGAGUAAAGGGACAGGAAAUCACAUUGGAAUACUAG